AUGACCAAGUCAAGUCUCUCUCUGUCUCUCGUUCCCGGGGUCUCUCCCAGGCAGGCUCUCUCCACCUCUCUCUCUCUUUCCUUCUGCACCGGCUUUUCUGUGUCCAGGCAUCUUCUGCCACUCAGAACCUUCUCCCCUAAAUUUCUUUUAUUAUUCACUCUCUUGUCCGCUCUCUCUCUCCAUUUUUCUCUCUCUAAAUCAUCCUUCUCUCUAUUAAGACCUUGCCCCCACCCCCCAAUUUCUCUCUCUCCCUUUCUCUGUUUCGUUCUCUCCCCCAUCCUCAGUCUCUGUCUGUCUCUCCCCAUCUGUCUCUCCUCCCCCUCUCUGGAUGACUCUGUCCCUGUCUCUUCUUUCCUUCUGUUAUCCCAUCCUGACCCCCCCCUCAUCCUCUCCCUUACCCCAUCCCCCAUCUGUUCCCCCAGUCUCUUGGUUUCUCUCUUUGUGUCUCUGUCUCUGUCCCCUUCUCUCUCUGGAUAUUUCUCUGUGUGUGUCUCUCUCUCCAACUUCCUUCUGCUACCAGCCGCUGCCUCCCCCAAAUUUCUCCCUCCCCCAUUUCUGUUUCACAGUCUCUGGGUUUCUCUCUUUCCGCUUCUCCUUGUCUCUCUGUGUCUCUCUCCCUCCCUCUCUGGGUCUCUCUCUCUCUUUUCCCUCAGCUUCCUUCUGCCACCCAGACCCUGCCCCCCAAUCGUUUCCCUCCCCCCACCUCCUCUCUGUGGCUCCCCCAUCCCCAGCGGCUCCCCUCCCCCUCCCUCCCUCCUCCCUCCCUCUCUCGUCCUCCAGCUCCGCACUUUACCCAGCGACACGGGAACCAAAUUGUCUCCUCACCUUUUUUUUUUUUUCAUCCCGACCCCCACUCCCUUGGGGCCUGAGCUAAGAGCGGCCCCUCAGCCUCCCCUCCCACCUCAACACCCCCCAACCAGGUCGGACGCCUGGGUCCUUCGCUGCUGGGGGAGGGGGAGCAGUGAGAACUGGGAGCCACCAGGGUUUUUCUGGGGGGGGUGCAGGCAGGGGGGCUCAUCGUCCCCCUCCCCAGUGCAUCGGAGAGUUGACCUAUCGUUAACAGAGCCGGCGACCAUGGCCGCCCUCUGACCCCCUCCCCGGCGCGCGCCUCCUCCUCGCCGCCCCCCCCCCCAGCCCAGCCCGGCCGGCCCCGGGCCCCCACUUCUGCCUGCGCUGUGCCCCCCACCCAGCCGCCGGCACGGC